CAUCCCGGUUCUGCCUACGCGCUGACAGUGUGCAGAAGCAAAUUCCUUAUUCCUCUGCGCUGCGGUAGGGCGUAGCAACCAGUACCACCGCCUCGCCUGCAAAGUCAUCUCCGGUUUCUUCAUCAACCAUUGCUUGUUUUUGAUCUUGAUGCGAAUAGAAGCAUCCCACUUUACCCUACUCGUCAAAUUCAAACCUAUCCUCGAUCUCGAUGUCCGUCCACGAACAAGCAGCUGCCGCAGCUCUCACCCAAAUUGCCCUAGCCGCCGACGGCGCCGUCCUCGGCCUUGCCCUAGCCUACGUCGCCGUCCGAAGCAUCCUCAAAUUCACUGCCGCCUCCUCCGCCCUCCGCAAAAUUCGGCACGCCCCCUCCCUUCGAGUCCCCGAUCUUCGCUCCGUCCUCUCUUCCUCCGACGACGCUUCUCAUUCUUCUAGCGGUUCCGACGACGGGAAGCUUGUGAUUGUUCGCGGUGUUGUCCAGGUGAAGUCGGCUGUUGAUGGGAAUUCGGAGAAUUUGAGGUCUAAUGUCCUCAUUUCUAACGAGUCUGGCGAAAAAGGGGUUGUCUUGCAAAGAACUCAAACGUGUAUAUACAAUGAGUGGAGGGGCUUCUUUGGAUGGACUUCUGAUGUUCGCUCUCUGUUUUCAAGAUCAUGGAAAGAACAAGAAUCUACCUCAUUCAGAGCGGUACCUUUUGUUCUUGUUGAAGGUAGCAUGUGGCCACAAUCUGAUUUUGUUGUUGUUAACAUGGAUGGAUCAAGACAUCAACUGCCUCUUGUGACAGUUUAUCAUCACUUGCAGCCUAUUAUUGCUUCUCCUUAUACUUUCCUUCAGGCAUUGUUUGGACAUGAAUACCCUGUUGGACUGCUCGAUGAAGAGAAAAUUCUCCCACUUGGAAAGGAUAUAACUGCAGUAGGCUUAUGCAGUUUGAAAGAUGGAAUUGCUGAGAUCAAAUCAUGCAAAGAUCUUCCUUAUUUCCUGUCUGACAUGACUAAGGAUCACAUGGUGGCAGACCUUGCAUUCAAGACUAAAGUGUUAUUGUGGAGUAGCAUUGCCCUUGGUGCAUUCUCAAUUGGUAUUAUUAGCUAUUCUGCUAUAAGGAACUGGAAUAAAUUUAAAGAGUGGCGACAACAGAGGCGAGCCCAGCAUGAGGACCUCCCCAGUGCAGAGGAAGCCGAUCCUCAGAUUUCAGCAGAAGAGGAGAAUGGAGAUGUUCGUGAUGGAGAGUUGUGUGUUAUUUGCCUGACAAGGAGAAGGCGGUCUGCAUUCAUUCCAUGUGGACACCUGGUUUGUUGCCAACGUUGUGCCCUCUCAGUUGAGCGGGAGGUGGCGCCAAAAUGUCCCGUGUGUAGGCAGUCAAUCAGGAGUUCUGUGAGGAUAUAUGAUUCUUGAGAAACAGAAGGUCAAAGAUUUCUCUGGUUUGAUAGGAUCAUGGGCGGCGGGUGCAGUGCAGGGAAUCUGUGUAAAGUAGGGGGUAAGUCUGUUAAUAUCAGGACAUUGGAGUGGAGUUCCUUACGUGGUGAAUUUUUUGAAGUUAGAAUUUGUGAUGAUAAUGCUAAAGCGGGUAUUUUUGGUGUAUGUUUCUGAGAUUUGACUCCGAGAAUGCAUGAUGGAAAUAAAUGCCAAGGUUAGGGGGGUGAGCAUUAGCAUAGCAUUAGUUGGGAAAAACUGAAUUUCCAUACAGGAUUGAACAUUUUUAGUUUAUUAUUUGGUUCGGUGUUUGUAAUUUGGUUACAAAGGGAAGGGAAUUAACCAAUUUAGCCCAAAUAUUUGUUGGUAACAUAAUAAUGGAAUAUAAGUUGGCAUGGAAUGGAAUGGAAGGA